CCCUGUAUUUCUGAAAUGAAAGGGGGUACCAAAAUUCACAUUUCCUUUUUGGUAAAAUCCUCCAGCCACGCUUGGCGCUACGCUAACCGAGUAGGCGAUCUCACUUCAUCACCACUUCACAAAAGACUUCCAAAUUCACUGCGGCAGACACGGGCAAAAUAAAAAUGUUAAAUACAUCCUGGCUGGGAGGGGACUGAAGCCGCCACGCUCAAUCAAAGGUUCGCAAUAAUAGGAUUCAUAAAAAAAAAAAAAAAAGACAGAUGGGAUUAGAAAAUGUUGCAGGGAAGACUCUGGAAUGAGAUGAGCUCACAGCACCAGCCUGUCUUUUGUGGACCAGCACAAUGAUCCCUGAGUCAGACUGGAUUAGGAAACCUCGCGACUAGGGGUUUAGAGAGAGGCCUCCGGUUCCCCAGCACCUUUGGGGAGAGAAGGCUGAAACGAUGCAUCAGAUUUACAGCUGCAGUGAUGAAAAUAUAGAAGUUUUCACCACCGUGAUUCCUUCCAAAGUGUCCAGUCCAGCCAGAAGAAGAGUCAAAAGCUCUCAGCAUCUCUUAACCAAGAAUGUGGUGAUCGAGUCGGACCUUUACACGCCGCGGCCCCUGGAGCUGCUGCCGCACCGCAGCGAGCGCCGCGACGGCGAGGCCCGCAGGCCCGGACGGUUCCAGAACGCGCGGCAGCAGGGACCCCACCCGGCCAAGACCCCCACCAGGCCUGGUGGUAUUUCUGAACCCAAGUCGGCAAAUCUGUGUGGCAGUCGAGCCUAUGGAAAAGCUUUGAUGCCUCCGGUGGCCCGGAUCUCCGUGAAAGCCCCUGCUGUCCUGGAGGCGGCAGCCCCAGGCUUGGAGAAUGGAGCUGUUCUGACCAGAGGGUCCAGAAACCUCAAGAAGAUGACUGAAGAGUACCCAACCCUCCCUCAGGGAGCAGAAGCCUCCCUACCGCUGACAGGCAGUGCUUCCUGCAGUGUCCCCAGCAUCCUCCGGAAGAUGUGGAGCAGGCACAAGAAGAAGUCUGAAUACGUGGGAGCUACCAACAGCGCCUUUGAGGCCGACUAAGGUGAGCCUCCCCAGGGGCCCUGAGUUCACAGCAAGGGGAGGAAGCUUCUGGAUCAGAACUGAGCCACCUUCACCUCUGCUAGCGGCUGCUCCACGCGCAUCACCCUCCAGUACCAACUGAUCGCCUGGCUUAGGACAUGGAAAGGAACUUCUCUCGAAGGCAAAAGAAAACUGUUCCUCCUUAGAAUCCAUAAAGCCAUUGGUCUGAAAGUGACUUGGGAGGUCACAAAAUUUCUAUAGCUGUGUAUUGAAGCAGAACUGCACCAAAACCAAACGUUCACAACCCAUUUUAAGACCUCCAAGGAAGGAAGCAGGCAAUUCCUCAGUCUUCCUUAUGAGUUGUUCUAAUUUCUGGUUAUAGAUGAAAGAGUUUGAUGUUUGAGGCGCUUGUACACAAUGAUUCUCACUGUUCCUGUUACCAUAUUUAUUUCAUCUUGAUGCGGUACAAUUUUUAGUGAUGAAGCGCUGUAUAUAUUAGUAGUUCUAAUAUUCACUCGAGGGUAUCAUGAAGAUGGGUUUCGAUGGGCAUGAUUGCAUGAAUUCUCUAUUCUUUACAUGCGGAUUUUUCUACAGAAAAACAUGAUUUAAAAUUUUGAAUGCCAGUGUUUUCUGAAGUGCCAUAAUCUAGUGGAAUUAAUAAUACCUUGCUUUGGUAUAAUUACUUUAACUUCUGAAAGCAGUCUCCCAUCCAUUACCUCUUACAUUCACAAAGUCCCUGUUAAAGCACAGUUGUUCUCAACCUACAGGUGGGGAAGCCAAGGCCUAAAGAGGUCAUGUGACUAGAUACCAGCUAGUGGACUCAACUUUUCCACUAGACUUCUUGCAUUGCCUAAUCUAGCAACUGAUAUGAGGACAGUUUUGAGGGGUAGGACUAAGUCUGUGGGGACAAUCUUUGAAGGAAAGAAUUUGACAAAGUUAGAACAAGUAAACAAUAUAAGUCAUGUAUUACACUGAACAAGAAGAAAUUCUUGUUUUUGUAGGUCAAAAUAAUUAUCAAUUUCACAUGGUUCAAUCUAAUGUAUAAUAUUAUACUUUCCCUCUUUCAAUGGAAAUGUCAUCAUUAAUUCUAUUGUCAAAAUCAGUAGCCUGAAAAUACCAUGAUAAUGAUAGCUACCAUUUAUUAAAUGCCUACUAUGUCUUGGGAGUGAUACUGAGCACUUUACACGCAUUAUGCCAAUCUUUCUAUUCACUCUGAGUUUAGGUGGCCUUCCCCCUUUACUAGACACAUCUUCAAAGCAGUUAAAUGGUUAGUCUGAAGGCACCUAACCCAUACAGGUGUCUGGCUCCAAUGCCUGUGUUCUGUCUACUCCUUCAUACAAAAUUUUCAGAACAUAGAGACGAACCAAGGUUAGUAAAUAAUUUUCAUCUCAAAGGCUAAACAUAAUUGAUUGGCACACGCUGCCUAGAGUGCUGGGAAGCUGGAAUCUGAAAGAAAGGAGUGCAGUGAUCAACUGCCUGUGGAGCAGAGUAGUGGCAUAUGCCUAUCGUAUAUGUGUCACCGGUGGCCUCAACUCUGCCCUCAGAAGGCUUGUUUUCUAACUCAGAAGCUUAAACUAAUCCAAUCCACUUAACCAGCAACUCCAUGGUAAAAUGUAGUCUAAGACUAGGUUGGAAAUUGCCUCUUCUUGGUACAAAGAGGACUUUGGCCACAUUGCUGGCCUCAGACUCCACUGUUAUUCCUAUGCUGCUGCUCUGUGGCCACGUGGUUUUUUUGCCCUUUAAAUUACCUGCUUCCAUAUCUCCAGGUGAAAUAAAUGUAAGAAGGCCUGGGGUGGGGGCAGAAAAGAGGCCACCUGGCUGGCCUCUGCUCCUCAGCCAUUGUUUUAGACUCUGAACAGCCCACCCUUCCACUGGAAUGUGAUUUGGAGAUCUGAGCAUCAAGUGCUCUUUCAAUGAGGGCCUAAAGUCCACAGUAUAAAGGGGCCCAGGACAAAGGUGAUUUCCACUGGACCUAUUAGAGUAUCCUAUGACUAUUUAUCUUAUUUACUUUAGAGCUAAUGUCCUUCUAUUUAUAUAUGGCAGCUGGGGGUCCAUGUAGGAUGGAGCUUAUUUAUUUUUUAAUUUGAUUGUUUCAUGAUGAAGUGUUUGCCUUGUACAGAACAUCUUAAUUGGCCAAUUCUAAUAAAAAUAAAGUAUGCUUUGUUUGUGACAUUAA